AUGGCAGAAUAUAUUCUUAUUACUGAAUAUAGGUUAGCAAUAUUGAUUAACAACGUAUAUAUUAUGUCACGAGAGGGCAUUUGGAUCCCAACAAGCAUUCCCGAAUUAUGGUUGAUACCAACGAAUUUCUCACGCAUAUAUCAAAAUGGAGAAAGGAGUCGUACAUUAUAUGAUUCUUCUCUUUCCGCUUCAAUGCCUCAAAUGCUAAUGCAAAGAACUUUUUAUCUACAAUAG